AUGUCGCGCAUCAACCAGCCCUCGAACCAGAUCAAGCUGACAAACGUGUCGCUGGUCCGCCUGAAGAAGGGCAAGAAGCGUUUCGAGGUAGCCUGCUACAAGAACAAGGUGCUAGAGUGGCGGUCGGGUAUCGAGACGGACCUGGACAACGUUCUCCAGAUCCCCAACGUCUUCCUCAACGUGUCCAAGGGUCAGACCGCCCCGCGCGAGGACCUCGACAAGGCCUUCGGCAAGAACAAGACGACAGACGAGAUCGUGCUCGAGAUCCUCAAGAAGGGCGAGCAGCAGGUCGGCGAGAAGGAGAGGGCAGCGCAGUCGAGCCGGGUGCACAACGAGGUGGUGGGCAUAGUAGCCAGCAAGCUUGUCGACCCGCGGACGAAGAGGGUGUAUACCUUUGGCAUGAUCGAGAAGGCACUCGACAUGCUGAGCUCUCAAGCUGGCACUGCUUCACAGGCUGGUACGACGACGACGACGACGACACCCGCUUCCGGAGACAACAACAACGACGACGACGGCGAGGGAGCAAAGCAGACCAGACCAGUCGCCGUUUGGAAGGGAGUCUCGACUACGAAGAGUGCAAAGAGUCAGGCCCUCGAGGCCAUGAAGGCCCUCAUCGCGAACCAACCCAUCCCCGUCGCCAGAGCUCGCAUGAGGCUUCGCAUCACGUGCUCGACAGGCGUGCUCAAGCAGUCGGUCAAGGCUGCUGCCCCGGAUGCCGCAAAGGAUAAAGAAAAGGACGGCGCCGACCAGAAGGCCACUGCUCCGGGGACGGUCAAGGAUAGGAUUCUGAGCUAUAUCGAGCAGGUCGAGAGUCAGGAUGUCAUGGGCUCGGAGUGGGAGGUCGUCGGCUUCGUCGAACCGGGCGCCUACAAGGCCUUGUCUGACUUCAUCGCUAAUGAGACAAAGGGUCAGGGACGAGCCGAAGUGCUCGACAUGGCUAUCACGCACGAGGAUUAA